CAUCCGCCAUUAAUACGAAAGAAGAAGAAGAAGAAGAAGAAGAAGAAGCUCCCGGUCUCGCGCCGUACCCUCCUCAAAAACUGGAUCUCCACGAGCUUUCAGCUAGUAAAUCUGUAGGAUUGAACAGUUCCAGUCUUCACUGUGGAUCAGCGGAGUCCGUUCUGAGAAAGAAAUGAUCAUCAGUUAGAUGAUCUCCUUCUCCUAGUGUCGUCUUUCCAACCUGUUUCAAAUUUUGCUACAGAAAUGCACUCAACAAGAACAGUUCACAAACUACUAGAAAAGGGGAAGAACAUGGAAUCCACAAAAAUCUCCAAUACUCAGCCAAUACUCUGUCCUACCCGUUCCAAAAAAAUGCAGAAAAGUACCUUCAAGAAAAAAACUCACCACUGCUCAGACUGUGGGAAGAGUUUUAGUUACCAGAAUUCCCUCAAACUACACCAGCGCAUCCACACUGGAGAGAAACCGUAUCACUGCUCAGACUGUGGGAAGAGUUUUAGUUACCAGAAUUCCCUCAAACUACACCAGCGCAUUCACACUGGAGAGAAACCGUAUCACUGCUCAGACUGUGGAAAAAGUUUUAAUCAACAGAGUACUCUCCAACAACACCAGCGCAUUCACACUGGAGAGAAACAAUAUCACUGCUCAGACUGUGGAAAGAGUUUUAGUCGUCAGAGUCAUCUCCAACAACACCAGCGCAUUCACACUGGAGAGAAACAAUAUCACUGCUCAGACUGUGGGAAGAGUUUUAGUCGGCAGGGUAGUCUCCAACAACACCAGCGCAUUCACACUGGCGAGAAACCGUAUCACUGCUCAGACUGUGGGAAGAGUUUUAAUCAACAAAGUCAUCUCCGACGACACCAGCGCAUUCACACUGGAGAGAAACUGUAUCACUGCUCAGAGUGUGGAAAGAGUUUUAGUCGUCAGAGUCAUCUCCAACGACACCAGCACAUUCACACUGGAGAGAAACUGUAUCACUGCUCAGACUGUGGGAAGAGUUUUAGUUAUCAGAGUAAUCUCCAACAACACCAGCGCAUUCACACUGGAGAGAAACCGUAUCGCUGCUCUGACUGUGGGAACAGUUUUAAUCAAAAGAUACAUCUCCAAAUACACCAGCGCAUUCACACUGGAGAGAAACCGUAUCACUGCUCAGACUGUGGGAAGAAUUUUCGUCAUCAGAGUCAUCUCCUACAACACCAACGCAUUCACACUGGAAAUAAACCAUAUUAUUGCUUUAAAUGUGAGAAGAGCUUCAUGUAUUCAAGAAGUUUGGAGAAACACAAUUGCUCUAAGAAUAGUUAUAAAACUGCUCAGUAAAACAUCAAUACGAAUUUUCAGGAGUAACAAACUCCAAAAAGAGGUAUAGCUUACUGGAUUUAGAGUAGAAAAUUCAGUAAGUGUUGUGUUUCUGAAAUGUGCAUUAGAACCCAAUACUAUUGUGAUGAACACCAUGUCCACAUGUGGUAGUUUCACUAAGUGUGAAAGUUCUACACUCUGCACUAAUCUGUCCUUAAAGUUGCAUUUGUAAAAUGAUUAAAUUGAUCAGGAGUGUUCACAUUCUAGAAUGAGUGAAAAAAACUUUGUUGCAUGUAGUGUUUUAAUAAUGAUUAAUAUUUGUUGAUGGCUUGAACCUACAAUUUUUAGAACGUAAUUAUUGAUAAAUAGCUGACUCAACUUGAGCUGGCUCCUAAUUUGAAUAUAUUAAAAAUGGAGCUGAAUGAAUGGGGACAGGCAGUAAUGGUGAAAUAUAAAGCUAUAUAAUUAAAUGCAGUCAGUGCUACUGUGGGAACACUUUGACCAGCAUCACUUUAUCACUUUUGUUUACUUAACAUAUCUAGCAAAGCAGCUGUAUGUGCCCAGCUCUGAACCUAUGAAAUUUGAACAAGUAUAACGGUAACAUUUUCUAUGAAUGUCAUCUUUAUUAGACGCUAUAACCACAUUCAUAAUAUAUUAUAAUGCAUUCAUAAGGCAUUAUAAACAUGGCUAUAAACAUUUAUAAAAAUGCAUAACCCAAUAUAGCCAUGUUUGUUAAGCAUUAUGAACUGUGAUCAUAAUACAUUAUGAGUUGUGCUUAUAAUAUAUAUAUGUUAAAAUAGUAUAUCUCUAUCAUUAAUAAUCUAGUCCUACAAUGAAAGUCUGGCACUUUACUUAGAGCGCACAAAGACCUGUUAUAACACAUUAUAAUUGACUAUAAUUAAUAUUAUAUUCAAGACGAGAAGAAUUUACAAGUGGUUAAAAUAUAUUCAUAGGAUUGUUUAGGGUGUGUUUAUAAGUUGGAAGCUUUUUUAGUCAUGAUAAAGUCUGCAAGCUGGGACUGAGUUUCUUGGUAUUGAUGUAUAACAUGUUAUAAACACUACAGCUAUUAAUGCAUUAUAAUCACAGUUCAUGAUGCAUAAUAAACAUGGCUAUAAUAAAUUAUACAUUUUAUAAAUAUGUAUAGUCAUGUUUAUAAUGCCUUAUGAAUGCAUUAUAAUGUGUUAUGAGUAUGUUUAUAGAGUCUUAUAGAGAUGACAUUCAAAGAAAGUGUUACCAGUAUAACUCUAAUUCACUGAUGUGUACUGGUAUAAUUAUUGCUAUAUGUGCUGUUGUAUUGGCUUAUUGGUUUUAUGGUAUUUAAAUUAUGUAUGACCUAAUGGUAAUGAAUUUGGUAACACUUUAUAAUACUGUUUCAUAGUUAAUAGGUAAGUAAACAGGAACUAAGCAAUAGUGCUUCAUUAACACCUAAAUAUUUUCUAUUAACUACAAGGAAUCACUGAGUAAUUACUAUGAACUGAACUAAUGAUUUUAGCAGUUCACUAUUAGUUCCACAUUAUUUACUGAGACUUACAUAUCUCCUGGAGAACUACUGACUAAUUGUGUCUCCUUUAUAGUAACUAUUAAUUAAUUACUGCCUAAAUCAACAUUAACUGCUCAGCUGAAAACCCUUACAUGCCACCUGGGAACAAUGUACUUCCCAGGUAUGUACAAUAAAUCAAAUUAUUCGAUGGUGAUAUUGAAGGCAUAUUUGAUCGAAUUAAGUGACACCAACUGUAGUAGUAGUGGUAACCUUAAUUACCUUAUUAUCCUCAGUUUAUUCGAAAAUAGUAGAAACACAUAGUAAAAUUCUACAGUGUGCAGUUGUCUGCUUAACUCCUAUUUUUGGAAGAAAAAACAUUUUCAUGCAGCAUUAAUACAUAGGGGACGUUGAGACAUAAAACUGGAAGAAUGACUGAGAGUGUGAUGAUAUUUUUUUAUGAUCACUGCUUUAAUAUUAAUAGUGUGCACUAUUAGGGUAAUUAUGGUAAUUUCACAUCAGAUGCAGCUCUCCUCAGUGUAUGUUCUCUACUGUUGCUUCUGCAUGAGACUGCCUCUUUCUUCUUUCUGUAUUUGACUGAAAAUAAACUAUUAAUCACAAUA